UUGAAAUGAGGUAUUUUAGCAUCCUGGACAAGCAGAACGUAUAAACAACACUCAGCUGUGUAUUUUGAGCAUGUUCAGAUAGAAAGAAAAGAAAAACUUUGGCUUUAGAAAGCAAACAAAGCUCUUGCUUUCCGUCCCUGAUUCAUUCUGAGUGUCCAGGACGCUAAAACAUCUCAUUUCAAAUAAAAAAAUCCAAAAAGUUCUAAGUGAAAAUAGUCGGUAUUUUCGGUAUCGGUAUAUACUGAAGUUCGGUAUUGUCGGUAUCGGUAUUUCGGUAUGAAUACCGAUACCGGUGCAUACCUAGCUACAAUUGUGCUUCAGUCCACUUUGAGAUUCCUACAUUUUCUUACAGUGGCGACUAAAAGAAUCCUAGCAGACAGUAAUUGGAGUGUGGCACCUUGUUGAUAUAUGUACUCCCUUGUGUUUACUGAUUUUCAAACAUUUUCAUAAAUGUAUCCUAUAAUCGUUUUCUAAUAAGAGAAAUAGUUGUAAAUAUCAUAAAAACAAAUAUUUGAUACUAAUAAAAUGAGGAGUAUCUAGCGUGUAGAUACUAGCAAGUUUACAGUCUAUUGAUUAUAUGUGCAAAGUAGGUAGCUCGAAAUAACGAAAUACUUGCUAAAUAUUUCAUAUUAUCCACGCAAUCAAUAGUAUAUGGCAGGAAUGACGAGAUGAUCAAAUUUUCAGUAAAUUUUGAAGCAAAAAGAAAAGUCCCGAAACUGACAAUUCCUUAGAUUUGUACUCUUGAAAGAUAUAUAAGACGUAAUGAAGAUGAACAUUAUUUUCUUUGAUAUUGCAAAUGUAAGUCUUAUACUUAAGAAGACUUUCAAAAUGAUUAUCAGUGAUAUCUCUUAAUUAGCAAAAUAAAUACUGAAUUCUCUCUGUUGUUUUGUAUAGGAAUUCAAUGUGAAAAUGCUCAACAAGGUUGUUCUAAUAACCCGUGUCGUCUAGGAACAUGUACUAAUCUUCCCAAUGGUGCAUAUUUCUGUACUUGCCCACCAUCUACUACGGGAUAUAAUUGUAACAUUGUUGUCAUGCCGUGUGAUUUGAGACCGUGUUUAAACAAUGGAACCUGUAUAUCGGUAUCAGCAACAAAUUAUACGUGUAUUUGUCCAACUUCUUUUACGGGUUUAAUAUGUCAGCAGCAAAUUUUUACAUGUCCUAUAAAUAAUUGUGUGGGAAAUUCAACGUGCAUCGCUGAUCAGUCAGGACAACGAUGUGUGUGUCCCCCUGGACGAUAUGGAACGAAUUGUGAACAGGUGUCAAUGUGCUAUUCUAACCCUUGUGUUUAUGGUACAUGCCGAGUUAGUGGUGUUAAUACAUUUCAGUGUGUUUGUAAUCCAGGAUUUGGAGGUGCCACAUGCGAAGUGCCCAUCGACGUGUGUGGAAGUAGUCCGUGUUUGAAUGCUGGAACAUGUAUAAACCUCGGAAACGGACUUUUUCAAUGUACCUGUUUGCCCCAAUUCACUGGAAUUGAUUGUGGUCAACCAUUAUGUGUUCCUGGUUCAUGUGUAAAUGGAGCAACGUGUUCAAUAGCAGGAAACGUUCUUCAAUGCCAGUGUCUCUGCGGAUACACGGGUCGACGCUGUGAAACUCCAAUCGAUAUUUGUUCAAUAGUUUUAUGUCAAAAUCAAGCAACAUCCAUAAUAAAUUCAACAAUCUGUCAAUGUUUCUGUGCCUGUCCUUCAUCUUUUACUGGCACGUUGUGCCAAACACCAGUUAGUCCAAUGAAUCGCACAUAUACCGGUCAACUUUCAGUUCCACUGACUCGUCCAGGAGGUUCAUCGUGGGCUUCAAUCGUUGAUUGUAUUGAUCAAGUUUGGAAUACUGUCAAUACACUGCUUGCAUCACUAAUACGACAAGCAGAAGCGCUUCAAGAAUGUGGUGCGCAAAACUCACAAUUAGUUUGGUUUCAGUCAGCUGGGGAAUUAACUCAACAACUCGUACCUGCUAUAUUUGCACGUGGACUAGCGAGAGAUUUUUGGACAAGUGGGCUAUUUGAUUCCACAUUAAACCGUUGGCAAUGGUUGUUAUCAGAUAAUAAUACUCGAAUUGAUAUUGAUCCAACACUAUUAGCUCAAUUCAAUAUAGAUUCAAGAACCGGUCAAUCUCUUCGGGUUACAUUUUCUCAAGCACCUGCCGUUCGACUAGUUGCUACUUCGGCUUCUGAAACCUAUGUGACUGUUUGUAAAUUAGCUGCAAAUCGAAUAUUCUUAAAUAAUUUAACACGUGUAAUUGAUUUAACGUCACAACAAAGUGGUUUUAGUAAUCAGUAUGUGAUUAUUUAUCGUUUCAAUUAUACAAUCUUCCCUAAUGUACCAUCGACAGUGUCUAUUCAGCAACCUACAUUAGCGAAUUAUGCAGAACUAUGCGGAACAGUUAGUGGACCAUCAUCUCCGGUCUCUCCUUAUACAAUCGAUAUAUGUGAUUAUUUUGGUUCAAUUAAUAACACAAAUGUUAUAAAUAUAAUGCAAGGAAUUAGUCAAUAUUAUACAGCGAGACGAUCUUCGAUAUACAGCCCUCGUAUGUACUAUACGCACUGGAUUAUUACAAAUACACAAUUAUGUAUAUAUUUAUAUUAUAGAGCAAUGGACAGCAAUACCGCUAAAGAAAUUACGACAAGAAUUUAUUUCGUAGUAACAAGCGGUUCAACUGUGCUGGGAUCGAAUAUUGAACCAUUGCCACCGUCAGUUGAUCUUUUGAGCACAAUCAAUACCGUUUCGUUACGGAUCUAUCGUUUAUGUAUAUCAUAUAUAUCUACCAAUUUACUCUUACCACUGAGAAUAUGUUUACCAUUGGCAGAAAUACCGUUGUGGACAACAGUUAUCAGAGAUGGAAUCGCAGCAGCAAUUGGACAACCGUCAGUGAAUGUAAUACUGGAAGGAAUUAGAGAAGGAGUUACGUCCUCGGGACAACCAGCAAAUAUUGUUUAUUAUUUAUUAACUGUUAAUGGUUCAACAUGGAACUAUACGCAAAAUAUAGCGUUGUUUAGCAGGUCAACAUUAGAAGCGUAUAUUGCACAAUACAAUAGUGUGCUUUUAUGCCCAAAUCAAACUGUUAUUUUACCAAUACAAAUCAGUAUUAGUGAUUAUGAUGCACCGUGUCCAACUCCAAUUAUAUUACAACGACAACUAAAUACAGCAAUACAACAAGCUGGUAUCUCGAAUACAAAUGUGGCUAUUUUGGAUAUUGAAGAAGCUGUUGAUAGUAAUGGACAGAUUUAUCGUUUACCGCUAAUUUAUGUUCAACAAAAUGGAAAUUGGGUAGAUGCUCCACUAUUAAUGAAUGCUAUUUGGACUAAUAUAUUUCGGUCUAUUCAAUUAAACCGUGUAACUACGCGUGUAUAUCGUUUAGCUAAAGCAUUUUCAUAUUUUUAUUCAAAUAAAUUAACUCCAAGUGAUCGAACUUAUUUACAAGGAUUAAUUUUGUCAUUGUACAAUUUGAAAUCUUCUUUAACAACUAAUAACGUUCAAAUUCUUCUCGAAGAUCCAUACUUAAAUAUCAGUUCUAAUGCCAUCAUAAAUCGUGUAUAUAGUUUUGCAUUUUACAAUGAUCAAGAAUUUGAUAGCCGACUUGUUUCACCAUUAGUCAUCAGUGAAAAUCAAUUUAAUGGUGUAUUUAGUAUUCAGGCACCAUUAACUUAUGUUUCAAAUCAAAUACCCUUAAAUGUCGUCAAACAACGUGAUAUACAACAAAUUACAUUUACCGGAAAAGUUGGACAAUCAUUAGCUUAUACAGCAUUAACUGAUUAUUGGCAAAAUCCAUUAAGACAAGGUUUGAAUAUUUCAACAGUUAAUAUUCUACGAUUAGAUCAAAUGAUUUCAUCACAAGGACAAUAUUAUACGACAAUAACAUAUAUUGUAUCACAAGGUGGUACUACAGUACCAUCAGCUUGUUUCAAUCCAGCACUAUUACAACCAUUGAACGGUUUAUGUGGUAGUCCAAAUACUUAUGUUAGUCAAGUGCCAGUGACCUAUUCAACGUCAUUUAUUGAUUUAUAUGGAAAUUAUUAUCAGUUAGACUUGGAAAACGAUAACUUUAUUGGAUUAAUAAAUAUGGCAUUACAACGAUUAGGAAUUAUUAAUACGGCAUCAAACAUAUUUGUUGAAUCUCGUUUUGGUUUGGAUAUGAGUCUCAUUACACGUGUAUAUUAUACUGUGUCUGAUCAAACUAUUCCACAAAAUAUAUUACAAACACAAUUGCAACCAUUAUUCAUGGCAAUGCAACCAAUCAAAUAUAAUUUAUUUAAUGGUCAAUCAAUUGCUCGUGCAGAUGCUCAUCAGUACAUUGCAAAUAUAACUUUACCAUUGACAGUUGCACAACGUCAACAAAUAGAAAACUAUUUGACAUCAUACAAUACUCAAUAUGGUAUUGCGAAAAUUGUUUAUGCUGAAAAUAUUGAUAAUAAUCAAACACGAUUUUAUGUUGUGUUUGUAAAUGGAACGCAAUUAUUAACACGGUGUGAUUUUUCUCUCUAUUAUCCGGGUGUUAGUGCAAUUGGUGGUAAUGCAUAUUACAGUAUCUUUCUUGAACGAAAUGGUUUUGUCUCUCAGCCAGCUGCAUUAGCCGAUGGACUUGCUCAACUAUGGACAAAUCAAAAUAUUGGAGUUACUGGAAUAUUUCCAGGUGUACUGUAUGUUCAAUUACAAAAUCAAGAACAAUAUAUUUGUCAAGGAGGGCGAAGAUCUAUACGUGUAAAUUAUGUUAUUAAAACAUUAUCAUCAGUUGUCAAUAUCGAUACACUACAACCGCCUUCUAAUACGGCUUUUGAACAACUCUAUGGACAAUUUGUCAAUACUAGUCGAUGUUAUCCGUAUCGUGCUCAUUGGAUUUAUUCCACAGAACCUCGUCCUUCAAACGAUAUAAUUCGGACUGCACUACAAAAUGCGUGGCGUCAAACAAACAAUAAUUCAUUCAUCGUUGUAUCACCUGACUUUUCAAUUGAUCAAACAUAUUUGACAAAUUCAAAUCAACCGCUUACUCGUCUCAUAUAUACGAUUAAUAUCAAUGGUUCAGAUGUGACACCUUUAACAGCUUCACAACCAUCUACAAGUACUUUACCAACGCGAUACACGGGCAUUCCAUUUAAACAAUAUACAAUUUACAUUGAUGGCAGUAGAAUAAAUCUAACUAGUGCAAUAACAUUACAAACGAUGAAUCAAGCAAUAAGAACAAGUUGGUCAAUAGCAAAUGGAAAUUUAUUCACAGCCAACGAUUUGAUUAUAAAUAAUAUCAGUAAUACAUUAGUCGGUAAUGGUCAAACAAAAGUCGAUUAUACAAUUGGUUUGAGGGAUUCCACUCAGUCAGAUAUUGGUGAUUAUAUGCAACCAUCUGAACGUCUGUAUACACAAGUAUUUAAUCAAUCGAUGUUGCCAACACAGGAACGAAAAUAUGGUAAAGUAAUUGUUCGCAAUGAUAUACGAAGCUAUCGUAAGGGACGUGGUCCACCUUAUGUAACUAUGGGCAAUACAAAUCGUUGGCGUAAAACUUCAUUAUCUGAUUCGAGUUCGAGUUCAACAUUUUAUCGUCCAACACAUCGUACUGGUUACUCACCUUCUGGUAGUUUUAGAUACAUACUACCGUUUGAUUCUGAACGUACAGGAAAAUCAAUCAAUAACACCAUGAAUAAGAAGACUAUUCAGGCCACACGUGAUGUACCAAUCAAUCCAAUUUAUACCUCAUACCAUGAAUCAUUAUAA